GAGCUGCUGCUGCUGCUGAUCCAGGGGGAGGACGGAGAACCGCAGCACGGCACGCUCCAGAGAGAGAGAGAGAGAGAGAGAGACAGAGAGAGAAGAGGAAAUGGUGGAGGAUCUGUUCGAAGGGUUGCCGCCACCUUCUUCGAACCCACAAGAGGCCCAAGCUCCAGAGCGAGAGCAGGUACGGGGAGGAGGGAAGCCUCGCGCCCCGUCCCCUGUUCCGCCUCCGCCGCCUCCGCCAUCGCCUCCGCCGCGUCCUGCUCUCAAGAGCGCCCUCAAGCGGCCCAAGUCCGACGAGCCCAAUCCCCCUCCAGGUGCCGAGUUGGGGAAACGUUUGAGGUUCAAGACGCAUACAGAUGCCUCGGAAGCUCAAGUCAUAGAUGCCAUGAAGAAAAUUGCAUCUCACAUCCGAAAUCCCACAAAGCUUGGCAAGGCGUCGAAGCUGGCCAUACAGUUGAUACAGGCAGGGAGCGUGAAGCCCGGGACGAGGGAUUACUUCUUUGCCAUACUCGAAGCUGCAAUGUCUUUGUCGACAGCUUGUACUGAUCAAUCAGUGCGGGCAGAUUAUCAUGCAUUGUUCUCUGCGGCGCAAGAUGCAGCUGAGCAUUUAAGUGAUAAGCAAAAAAAUCAGUUGACUACAUGGACAAUUCAGGCGGUGGUGGCAAAUGAUCUGUUCACUGAUGACAGCUUUGUGUUCUCCAGAACUGCUGGAAGAAUAAAAGACACCAUAUCCAAUCUACCAGUUGCUACUGAGGCUGAUGACAUAGAGGAAGCUGCAGCUCUGGAAGCUGAGAAGGAAUCAACUGAUCUGCCUGGGAAUCAGGAGCUGCCUCCUGAUAAUCAUCUGGGAGCCAAUAACGAGGGAGAGCUUGACCCAUUUGGGCUUGAUGCACUUAUCCCGAGUAAAGCGAAGAAAGAUGAAAAUUCAAAGGGAAAGAAAGAUAUGGCAGCCAAGAUGAGGAAGGAAGAAGAGGAUGAACAUAAGAGAUUUCUCAAGUCGGAGAGAGAAGCCUUGAUUGUCUGUUUAGAGAUCGCUGCACGCCGGUACAAAACUCCAUGGUGUCAGACGGUCAUAGACAUAUUAGUAAAGCAUGCCUUUGAUAACGUGUCAAGGUUCACAUCUAAACAGAGGGAGGCCAUCACAAAACUUUGGGCUUCCAUUCGAGAGCAGCAAAAUCGCAGAAAGCAAGGGAAAUCUGUGUCUGGGAAACUUGAUGUGAAUGCUUUUGAGUGGCUUCAGCAAAAAUAUUCUACCGAAAAGAUCAGCAUUAGGCAUUCUGUUGGAGGUAGUGGAGAUCGUCGCGCUCAGCAAUGGCUUGGUUGAACAUUUCUUCCUCCUUGUGUAGCAUUAGUAAUUGGUUUUCAUGGGGGAGGGUGAUUAUUGGGAUUGUUGACAUCAAUUGUUCAUAGGGAGUUGCUUGUACAAACAAAAAUCACCCGGCAUACUGUGAAUUGACUGAUUGGAACUUCUUGAUCAAACUGAGAAUUUUCUUGCAA